CGACAUCUUCGUAUCGGUAAACGCUGGACUUCGCGGAACAGCAUCACAGGCUUAGCUACAGCCUGCCUACUCUACACUCGAGAGCCAAGACGGCUUUCUCCAUCUUUCCUGGAAGCGCUCGCGUGGCUUGGUAGUCAUGCACGCGUUCUUCGUCUUGCAUGCGAUCGCGCUGCUUAUGGCACUGCUUGCUGUGAGUGGCACACAUGGUGCGAUCUUGCCUACAACAGGCGCGAUCGACCCCGCCAGCAGCAGCAGUAUUAUCGGCAGUAGCAGCAGCUCGACGCAUGAGUCGAGCAGACGCGCGGUAUCUUCGCGAGCGGACCUGCCGCUGCGCAAGCGCUCGAUACGCGACGCGAUCGACACUACUGGCUCCAGCGCACUUAGCACAGUCGACACACUGUCCAACCUGCCCACUGCUGUGCAGAGCGGCUCCGCGAACAUGAUCGAUGCCGCCGCGUCCUCGCAAGACGACGGAGGUGCAGACGGAACGGGAGGAGCGCCAGCGCCAGGAGCGGCCGCAUCGACCGCGCAGGACCAAGGGCCGCAUCUCAGCUAUGCCGGACCGAAAUCCAGCGUCAGCAUCUCGACGGGCUCCAGGCCACCACCGUCUCCACCGGCAGGCUGCAGCGAGGAGGCAGGGUCGCAGCCGCAAUAGUACACGCCCAUCCAGGGCCGGCCUACCCUCACCAGCCGUAUCUCGAUAUAUGCAAGGAUCACUUUCCAGCUGCGUUAAUCAAAGCUCCUCAAGUGCCAAUCACAUUCAUCACGCACACUCAGCAAGGCACGCAAGGCAUCACUAACCGCCACACGGACUGAACUAAUGGGACCCUCCGGUGAGACACAUAGUUCGAACGUGUGUGACAGCUCUGCGCCUGGACUGGAAUGAUCCGUGUUGGCUGCGUGUAUGCAUGUAUGUAUGUGCUUGUAUACCAACAUAACCUGCUCAAUGCGUGGGACGCGAGGAGACUACGCCCCUGUCGCAGCUACGCCUUU